AUGUCGGCAGAGGGCAAGAAACCGGAGACGGCCAGCAAGGAUGCUACGCCCAGUAACCCUCGAGGUAUCCCCAAGGCGCCGUUCGUCGACAAGGUCGAGGACUACGUCACGACCCGCGAAGAUGUCGAACCCACCCUGCGCAACUUCCAGGAGAUGAUUUCGAAAUACCAGUUCAUGGAGCUGAAUCUUCAGAAGCGGGUGGCCGGAUUGAAUGACAAGAUUCCCGACAUCCAGAAGACGCUCGACUCCGUGCGGUUCUUGAAGCUGAGACAGGACGAGGAGGAACCGAUCGAGACGACUUUCGAGCUCAACGAUACACUCUACUCCAAGGCGAAGAUCCCACCCACUAACGAGGUGUACAUCUGGCUAGGCGCCAAUGUCAUGCUGUCGUACCCCAUCGACGAGGCCGAGACGUUGUUGGAGUCUAAGCUGUCGACAGCGAAGCUGAGCUUAUCAAACUGCGACGAGGACUUGGAUUUCCUGAGGGAGCAGAUCACAACAAUGGAGGUGGCUAUUGCAAGAGUCUACAACUGGGAAGUUGUCCAGAAGCGCAAAGAUAAGGAGGAAGGCAAGGGGGCCGAGAAGGGCAACGAAAAUGCCGAAGCGGGCGGCUGA